CAAUAUGAUACCUGGUCAGCUCCACAACAAACAGCAGCUCGUUAUAAGCUGUUUGAGUUAAUCAAAGAACCAAUGCUUUUGUUAGAUCCAAUGGUACAACAACACACUAGAGAACGACCAGCUGGCCCAUGGAACAAAGCUCAAACCUCUACCCAAAGGAUUCCAUCAGCUUUUGAAUUAGAAGAGGCUAGGACAGGCAGCAGAAGAUGUGGU